AUGCAACCAGUCCAACCUAUUGUAGAAGGAUAGCGAACUAGAACUAUAUACACCUUAAUCAAAGACUAGAAAUACAAAGACGCCAUCAAUUAUUUGAACUACGAAUUACAAUUUUGUCCCAAAAGCAGAGCUCUUUCACUUUUGGCAUAUUGUCAUUAUAUGAAUCAAGAUUUUUCUCAAGCAGUGGCUAUUUAUGAACAAUUAGUCAAGUACUAUCCAGAAAUUGAUGAUUACAAAAUCUAUUUAGCUCAAUCCUAUUACAAAGAUAGUCUUUAUGAUGAAGCUCUCAAAAUUUGUGCUUCCGUUGAAAACCCUCAAUAUUAAGGCAAAAUCGUAUAAUUGCAAGCCUUGAUUCGAUAUGAGAAGAAUGAGUUUCAACAUGCCAAAACCUUACUCAAAUAAAAUGAUAUGGACGACCCUGAUUCAAUAAUAAAUGAGGCCUGCAUCCUAUUCAAGGAGAACAAAUUUGAAGAGGCUAGAUAGAGAUUUCAAGAUGCCAUGAAUUUAACAGGGUAUUCUUGCGAACUCUCAUAUAACAUUGCACUUUGCUAUUAUAAAUAAAAAUAACUGGCAUAGUCAUUGAAAUUUAUUGCAGAAAUCAUCGAAAGGGGAGUCAGAGAACACCCUCAAUUGGGAGUGGGAUCAAAUGCUGAAGGAAUUGAAGUUAAAAGCGUUGGAAAUUCAUAGGCAUUAAAAGAGUCAGCCCUGAUUGAGGCUUUUAAUUUGAAAGCAGCUAUAGAAUAUACAAUCAAAAAUUAUUCUGCUGCCAAAGAAGCACUUAUUGAUAUGCCUCCAAGAGAAGAGGACGAACUAGACCCAGUCUCCUUGAUGAAUUAAGCAUUGAUGAAUAUAGAAGAGAAAACAGCUGAAGGAUUCAAGAAGUUGAAUCAUUUAUUAUAGAAUCCUCCAUUCCCCCCUGAGACCUUUUCAAAUCUAUUGCUCUUAUAUUGCAAAUACGGAUACUUUGAUAUGGCUGCAGAUAUCUUGGCAGAAAAUGCUGAUCUCACAUUUAACACAAUAAGUCAAGACGAUUUCGAAUUUGUUGAUGCUCUCAUUUUAACAGCCAGCAGUCCAGAAGAAUCAUUUCGAAAAUUCUAAAUCUUGGCCAAUAAACAUAUUGACACAUUAAGGAGAAUUACAAAAUCAAUUUAAGAUUCUCGACUCAACAGAGAUAAUGAGGGUAUCAAGAAAUCAUUGAAAGAUUUUGAUGAAUGUCUUGAGAAGUAUAUUCCUGUCUUGAUGGCCUAAGCUAAAAUCUAUUGGGAUAAGGACAAUUAUUAACAAGUUGAAAAGCUAUUUCGAUAAUCAGCCGAAUUUUGUGCAGAUCAUGAUGUUUGGAAAUUGAAUGUUGCCCACGUUUUCUAUGUCUAAGAUAAUAAAUAUAAAGAAGCCAUAAGAUAUUAUGAACCAAUUGUUAAGAAAAACAAUGAUAAUCUAUUGUCAUUGACAGCCAUUGUCAUAGCCAAUUUAUGUGUCAGUUACAUUAUGGUCAAUUAGAAUGAGGAUGCAGAAGAAUUGAUGCGAAAAUUAGAAGCUGAAGAAUAAAAAUCACAAUAUUAAGAACCUGACAAACCUGUUUAUCAUCUUUGCAUUGUAAACUUGGUCAUAGGAACAUUGUAUUGCUCAAAAAACAAUUACGAAUUUGGUGUAUCCAGAGUUAUCAAGUCCUUAGAACCUUACAACAAAAAAAUUAAUACAGACACAUGGUAUUAUGCAAAGCGAUGUUUCCUUGCACUCAUUGAAGUUCUGGCUAAACACAUGAUCAUACUCAAAGACACAUCUUACAGCGAAAUAUUGGACUUCCUGGAUGCCUCUGAUUCCUGUGGCAAAGCAAUUCCAUCUGUGAUCAACCCUCUUGAGUAGAUGGAUGAGAAGCAUACAGUCUCUUACGAAGCGAGAAUGAUCAAGAGAAUGUUUUUGAAAUUAAGAACAUGA